UGUUGGUUUUCGUGACAGAUCCUCAACCGAAGUCUUCGAUGCUACGUUUUUGAAAGGAACGUUACUUCACAUGCGCUCUCCAUCUUCAGUUUCCACGACAUGUAAGACCCCUGGUGAAUCAGACCGCGGAAAACUUCGGCAGCGGGGACGGAAACGGCAUUAUUCGUAUACGAAGAAAUCCACGCCAACAUCAUCAAAGGAGAAUUUCCGUACACAAACCAACAAAGCAGAGGACGAGAAAAUCUCAACUACGUCAAACAUACCACUCGUUUUGAAACGCAGUUCCCGUUCGAAACGGGGAUAUUCGCGUCGUACACUGGGUACAGCUCGCUUCGGUGAAUCCCACUCACAACUCAGUUGCACUGAGACUGACGUGCCCUUCGUCCUUCCGGAAAAAUCUGACCCUGAGACUUGUAUGUCGGAAGUUAGCCCACCACAUGAUCCUAGGUUGAUUACCGGCAGUAUAAUGUGUUCCCCUUCGAAUUUGACGGGUGUUAAAAGGCGGCGUGGGCGACCACCUUCUGUUUCUAAAUUCAGAAAUCAGCCAACCGAUAAAAUGAAGUAUCAACUUACCACCUCUACAUCUGUCUCAGACCUACCUGUAACUGGCGUUCACUCGACAGUAUGCUAUUCCAGAACGAAGACGUAUCAGCUGGGACCCAAAUCUGUCGUUGAUACGCCAUGCAUGCCUUCUCAACUUCCUGCCUCGUUUCUUUUCAAUGAAUCUGGUCAAGUGAGAUACGGAGCUUCGGACGAGGUACUUCAGGACAUUUUGCGUGAGGUGAAUGCAAAUGGUCAUGUACCACGUGUUAUAUGGCCAACAGAUCGGGCGCAGGUGAAGUUAACGGACAAACAAUCACAUUUUGUGGAUGGUCCCUACUCGGACAUCUUCUUCGACCUGCCGGUGGUCCAAACUGUGUUCGAAGAAAUUUGGAAUACGUGUGAUAACUUUGUGGGGUUGCAGACCAAAGAUCUAUUCCUCGCCAUAAACGGACUGCUGAGACCCGGUGUGUGUGAACUAUGGAGACGUAAGCGUGAAGAUCAAACGAAGAAACUCAGUCGAAGCAUUAUGGGUCGCUUGCGACCGAAUCCCCGUCCUCGACGGUACUCGGAUAUGAUUAUUUCUAAUAGCAGUGCUCUUUCAGCCAGUUCAAGUACUCGGCAGGCCCUAGAAACCACAGCUUUCGUUGAAAAGGCUCGUCAAGGCUCGCGUUCAGUCGUCCUUGCAAAUGCACGAUUGACCGCUGCGAAAAGGCUUAUGAGGGCGAGGUCAAAACCGUCUGCGAGUUCAAGCAUCGUGGCUCGCGAGCUAAAGCGCUCCGUAUCUGACAGAAUAUCGGAUAGUUUGUUGGUACAGGGAACCUUGCCCCGGAGAAUUCGGCCUUCACGUCAGUCAGGCAAAGCAAUUCCUCCAGUUUGCCAGGCUACACGCGAACGACGACGACCCGAUGUAAGCCAUCAUAUUCACUGGAAGUUUUGUUACCCUUCAAUGGGAAAGGAAAACGCCGCAGAAAUACCACUGAUUACCAGCAACUCUAAUCGUAAGCGUAAGGUUAGAACACAUACGUCGCCACAACUGGAAGGAAGAGAUACUCCUGAUGACUCCACUGAUUUUGUUUUAAUGCAGGAAAAUAUGGUUACUGUUUCGGAACCGGAGUGUUCGGAGUCAGUAGUUCUUGAAAGAACGCCGAUGAAAGACGAUCCAGAGGCGGCGGAUAGCAUACCAGAGGAAGUGAAACCCGAAAAGCCGCCUUCGCUUUUACAAAAUGAUCAACCUCUUUUGUUAUUAGAGCGUUCCGGUAUUGGUCGCCGUAAACGCCGACACGCUCUCACUGUGCAGCGGAAACGUCCUGUAGACAGAUUUUUGCCAGGUUCCAAAGACCAUGAAAGGGAAUGUUGGAGAAUAGAAAGGACCAUUCCCACUCAUUUGGAAGAUGUAUCGUCAAAUUCAUCUUCGACAUCUGCAUCUGGGUUAGCCGAUGCCUACGGGAGAAUAUUUCGUCCGUCCAAAUGGUACCAGAAAAGGACUUCGAAGACUGUACAUUCUAGACGAAUUCCUUCCCGCCGGUUGGCUGGUGUGGUACCCAUGAAUCAACAAAAGUAUUUGCGAUCGAUCAGCGCUGUCAAAAGCCGUCAGUCCGUGAAUUCCCCCAACAUGCCGCGUAGGCUAGCUGUUGUGAAACACGAGGGACGCUCCAUGUCACCGCGUCAGAAAAUCUCUCGUCGUCCCGAUAGAAUGUGUCAGUUAACUCUAUUAGAUCGGCUGGUUUUGGGUUUAAACUGCAGUGUUUCUCAGACCGACAAAGAAAUCUACAUAAAACAGUUGAAUGCUGACGAACUAGAUAUAUUAACUCAGCGGAUGGACAAAACGGGGUUCUUCGUACAAUCUCUUUCCGUUCGUCGGAAUUCCAACAACGAUGCUGAAUACAACCUCGUACUUACGUUUUCACCAUCAGCUGAGCCGGUGAUUCGCCGCCCCCGAUCUUUGGCCUCCUCAAAUCGUCAUAGGUACGUCAGUUUUGAUCAUUCAGCUGAUGCGUCUCUUAAGUGUCAUAGCGAGCGCAUCCUUUCGAAACGAUUGUCUAACAGACCGACGACAAAGCUAGAACGUUCACUUAGUGGAAUUUACACUCAUUUCAAAUCAACGUCUUCGGGAUCUGGUUAUCUGAGUGAUUCUGCCAUUACUUUAAAAAGACACGACAUUCAGUUGAGUUCCCUUCGUCAGGUGCAUUCGGACGGCGAAGAUGCAUCACCAUGCUCAAUAUUGGUCACAAAUGAAGACAGGGUGAUUGUUGAUGGCAAACUAGCAGCAUCUAUUCUAGGCAGUGAUUACGUUCAUACUGCAUCCUCAUCCAAAUUCCAAGGGCGACAUGAUCAAUGGCCUCACGAAACUUACUCUCCACAUGUUUCCCCUAAUUGGGCUCAUUCACUAUCAUACAAACGAUCGAAUAAUGCACAGUCCGAGCGACAUUCUCUGACUCUUGAUGUGACGCCCGCUCAUAAACGUACAGCUUUAACCAAAGGCGACUAUCCUACUACGGAUGCUACUGUACCCGAUACACAUGCGAGUGUCGUUUCAUCCAGUUCCAGUACCAACGUUUCCACGUCGCAUGUUGUGUCCAAACGCAGCGGCAAAAUGUGCAUGACAAAUUUUCAAUCUGUUUCAACAUUUCGACGUCCCAGCCCACGUAAAGUCAUACGGAAGGUAUACACCGGCAGCUCAACCAUUCCGAAAAUUCUCAACCGAAGACGUCCUCCUGGUACUCCGCCCGUUACCCUUCCCAUUUCGACAUCUGUUACGCCUAGCACUACUGGCGUCAUUUCCUGUAACAUGAACCAGUCCACCAGUGCUAGUCAGUCGAAUAUAAACACUUCCACUCUUCCUUCGACAAAUGUCAUACAGUGUGUUAACAAGGCCAUAGCCCCAACCGUCUUAUUUGAAGAACCGAAUCCUCCACUCACCAUGUAUGCGCAAGCUACCCCAACCUUACCUACCCAGUACAGACGUCUGCAGACAUCAGCAACACCUGUUUCAGUUGUAUCAACCUCACUACAUCAUUCCGAACAGGUACCCGCGAGCGUAACUCACGGGAGUGCUAUUUCGCCUAUACAGUCCGAUCUAGGCGUUGUUGUAAAUACAGUACGAUUUCCGGGAACUCCACCACCCAGUGGUAUCGUAUCAGUUGCGGCCCGCAUGCAGGGUGGACCCAAGCCCUGUCCUGCCUUUGAAACCAAUGAACUUGCGCCUUCUGACAGUGCGUUUGAAGGUGAUUCGUCUUCGUUAGAACUGACAUCACCGAACACUCGUUCAAUCAAUGACGUGCCCUCAAUGCCCUUCACCGUCGAGACUCAUCCUGAACAAACACCCCCAGUAAAAUCCACGGAGUCCAGUAGAGCAGAAACUAUCAUCCAUUUUCAAAUCAAUGCCCCAGAGCCUAGCGAACAACGCUCAGUGUCACCCACAAUCCCUGGUGAAGCCGACACUCAGGCUGAUUUAGAUGAUAGUCGUACCCCGGCCACCGCGCUGAGCGCAAGUCAGCUACUUAAACUAAAGCGGUUACACGAUGGUUCUGGACGACCUGCAUUGUCUCCGACUGAAGCGCGACCUACGCAGAUGCUUUCUCAGUCACCAUCGCGAGUUCAGUCGCCACAGUCGUUGACAUCUCGGUCACAAUCGCAAGCACAGCCAAUCAACACAGAGCCAACCACCAUCCAGAGCAGACAGUCAGUCCAGCUCAUGCCUAAUCAAGAAUUCUCCAGCAGCUCAUCUCAUUCGACCACAGGCUCCGUCAGAUUUAACCCUGGCUUUUAUCCCGUCUCCGCGACUGUAGGUGAAACCAACAGGCACGAUGCGCCAUCUCUUAUUUCCUGCGACGACGAGGAGACCGAUGAUUUUGAAUUGAAGACUGUUGGUAACAAAGUGUUUUGUGAAGUGUCUUCAGAUCCUGCGUUUACUUCACGUAUUCCAUCCAGCUCCUCCGAUGGAAAUCUUUCUACCACAGUUUAUCGCCCGACAGUCGAGAUACCUUAUCUCUGUGGUAACCCACCAGUGUUAAACCCAAUCCGUACCUACAAACCAGCCUGGUCACAUGUUCGGCCAUUUUUUUCGACUUCAGGCCACACAUCAUCCCUGGCCUCCCCGUUGACAACAUCCGGACUCACUGUCUUACGCGGACUUCCUACUGUCGCACGUCCUGCCUUUGAUUCUUGCACUCCGAACCAAGUGGCGACUCGCGUUGUUGUCCAAGAACCCACUAUCAUGAGCCGAUUUGGAGAAGUAGCUGCGGCCAUUUGUGAGGCCGGUCGGACACCGUCACCUCUGAGCUCUGGAGCGACAGCGAUUUCAACAUUCAGCAGCAGUGCUACCAGCUUGUCACAGACUUUCAGUGUGUCCGACUUGAGCAACUCUACUGGACUACCAAUUGUUGGCUGCCCGAACAAACGCACCGUCGUGCACAAGUAUCAUUCUUUCCGUAAAAUCCUCCCUAAAUCUCCGGAGCCGUCCGGUUUACUAUGUCCUCCAACGGCCCCGAAUUCUACUUUUGUGAAUGUCACUCCGAUUUCUCUUCAUUCCCCAUGCUUAACACAACUGCCAGUGGUUACAAGUGUGUACAGAAAUGCUCUGACUCCCCAACCUACGGCGAUUCCGUGCGAUGCUUCAAAUCAGGCGGCCUAUUUCCUGGAUGUGUCAUCUAAUGUAUCCGUUGGGCGCAUGAAAUCAGCGGAAUGUGGGCCUUCGGGCUUUGGUGUGGCUCCAAAUCCGGCUUCUCAGUUACUCAAGAGUUUGUUGGAAAGCAGCGAUUCUAAAGAACAAGGUACCACACAAACAGUACCGACAUCGAGUACGGCAUCUGUGUCCUCCACUACCCAGGUUACUUCCAGUGCGUCGAUGGUGUGGAAUCAACCAGCACAUCAAAGUCGGGGCACGUGGCAACUCGGGAAACGAGCUACAUGCACUCCAACCCAGCGAGGAUCAUCCGACACGGCCAACCUUGCUGCACCGCGAUCAUCCAUAACGUCCUCGAUUUCUCGUAGUCUCUCUGCCACUUCUAUAUCCUCCACCGAAACCCGAAGUUCUCCCAGUCUACUUCCCCCAACUGUCAUUAGAACUUCUGGACCAACAUCUAGAUUGCAGCAGAUGCAGCAAUACCACCAAAGAAGACAACAAUUGCUCGCUCAGCGGCAAGCUCAAAAACACAUAGAACAGGAAUCAGCCGUCCGUGGGGACUAAAACGAACUUUCUUCCGGGACCUAAUCUAUGCUUCGGUAUGGUCCCGUGUUCCACUCCGCAGCUAACUCGCCUGUACUUCAGUUACCCCAACAAACGUCAGGAGCCUUGGUGUCUUAUGCUUCUGGUGAUUGUGUCAUGUGAGAGUUCAACGUGCUGCCUAUACGCUUUAUUGGUGGUGUAUGUACAUAUAUGAGUUACCUUUGCUGUCCCUGUGUACACAUGAACCCGUUCUCCCAGCACAAUGCGAUUCGUGAAACCCGUUUGUUUCAGUGCGUUUUCUUCAUACACACAUUUAUCACGAGAUCAUUUUUGGUCUGUUUCCUAUCAUCCUUCUGCGUUCACCCGUGUUCCUCCAUACUGUUCACUUAUUUGCCUCUGCAGAUCAUGGGGUUCGCGAUUGUCUGCUUCCAUUAACUGUUUGCCUAACUGCAGUGUCGUUAUCUACGAUUAACUUUGUCUUUUUUCACGAACACCGCUGAUGUAUCGAUUUCCGAUCACACGUUACUGAUCUGCCCGGAUCAGAUUGCUCUUUUUCUGCUGCGGAUGCUUACUCUUGUGGUAUUACACCUUACUCUGCUACCGUUUUUUCCAGGAAGCGGGGUUAGAGUGGGGUAUUUUCACGAACUUACUUUUUACUACCCGAUUAGUAGUGAGAAAAAGGCCUACCCUGUUUUCGCCCUCUAUUUUCAUUCGCGACAUUUUGUGG